AUGCCGGAGUUUGAGUGCAAGGCAACAGAAAGAAAAGACAGGACAAAAGUGGCUCUGCAGAUGAAAAACGUCGGGGAGAAUGACCUUAAGGCCCUUACUUUUGUGGAGAAUUUGAAGAAGCAGCACGGAUUGGUGUGGGCACAUUGGAAACUCCCCCUACCCAGCACUCAUCGCAAAUGGGCAGUGGGCUGCCUUCUGCAUGUCCAAGGCGUUGGAAAGUUUGAAGGAUCUGCCAGCAACGUUGUGUACAACAGCAAGACCAAGGAUGGUGAGGACCGCGGAUGGAUGCUGGCGUUGAGCAACAAUAGGGUUGCCAGUAAAAACUCGGUGUAUCCUGAGAGUCGACUAGCUGAACACUGUGUGAGUGAUGUUGGUUGGAUCCCCAUAAUCUAUGAUGGUUUGAAUCAAAAUCGCAUCUACAAGAGUGAGACUUGGGGUGGCUGCAUGUCAACUAUCUCAAUUGGCACUGGCACUUCCCCAGUAGUUGAAGCAAUACUCACAUUAGAAGAUGCCUGA